AUGGCCUCCACUUCCCAGAACCACCAGUACGGCGAGAACGUCAUCGUCCUCCCCCCCACUGCCCAGCUCCAGGCUCUCCUCACUCUGAUCCGUGACGAGAAGACCCACCGUGGUGACUUUGUCUUCUACUCGGACCGCAUCAUCCGUCUCCUUGUCGAGGAAGGCCUCAACAACCUUCCCGUCGUGCCCAAGGAGGUUCGCACUCCUACUGGCGUCGACUUCAACGGUGUCUCGUUCGAGGGCCGUAUCUGCGGUGUGUCGAUCAUGCGCGCCGGCGAGGCUAUGGAGGCUGGUCUCCGUGACUGCUGCCGUUCUGUUCGCAUUGGCAAGAUCCUUAUCCAGCGCGAUGAGGAGACCACCCUCCCCAAGCUCUUCUACGCCAAGCUGCCCGAGGACAUUUCUGACCGUUUCGUUCUCCUCCUCGACCCCAUGCUCGCGACCGGUGGCUCGUGCCUCAAGGCGAUUGAGGUCCUCCUCGAGCACGGUGUCAAGGAGGACAAGAUCCUCUUCCUCAACCUCAUCGCGUCGCCCCUCGGUAUCCAGGCCGUCAGCCAGCGCUUCCCCAAGAUGAAGACCAUCACUGCCUGGGUCGACGCUGGUCUUGACGAGCACGCGUACAUCACCCCUGGUCUCGGUGACUUUGGAGACCGCUACUUCCUUUAA